UUUUGUCAUUUCUUUAUACCUGCAAAAGAUUCUUGAAGUUUAGAGGAUUGCAAAACUCCAAACGUUUAAAACUACAGCUUGUGAAUACGUACAUAUCCACUGAAGCAUUCCAGAAAAACUGAAAGUUCAGAAAGUGUCUCACUGCGAUGGCGUAGCUUCUUCAUUUACAGUGUUUACUUCGUAUUUCUGUACUGUUAAGUGUUCCCCGCGGCUAUCACUACGUUUGAUGCGUAUCUAAUGUGGUGCGAAGUGCUAAUAUCACCGAUAACAGCUGACUGGUUAUCAACAUGCGGCUCCGCUGAUUGGCAGCGCCGUUUUCCAAGCUACCGAACGUUUUGACGGGCCAUCAUCAUCAUGACUGUUGAAGUUCUUCCAAUGGCACCGCUGCAGCAUAACAAUAAUGCCAGCAUUGUCACACGGCGAAAGAUGGGUUCGCGGUUCCUCACGCGAUGGACAAUAUUAGCCAUCUGUCUGUGUGCUGCAUUAAUAUAUUUCCUGGAUAUCCCUUCCCGGUUUGAUCAGGGGAAAAUCAUUACUACUUUCAUAUCCGGAGGUACUGUGGAUCCUCUUGUACUGGAUAUUCAGCAGCAGAUUAACAGUCGCAAACAAAGUGCGGCGCAAGCCAGUAAUCUCUUCCCCGUUGAUCCAGAUGCCAUAAAGACAGUGUUGUUUUGGACGCAGUUUUUUGGUGUUCCGGAUUCCAGGGGGACGAUGGGAUCCAAGUUGUUUGACGGAUGCCCUGUCAAACAGUGUACUGCUACAAAUGAUAAAGGAAAUCUCAAUAAGGCUGAUGCUGUGAUAUUCCACGCUUUGGACGUUGAUCCGAAAGCUCUUCCUGGACCUCGUGGGUCCAAGCAACAUUACGUUUUCCUGAUUGGCGAAUCUCCAGCCAACUUGCCAAACAACCGUGUCCCGGAUACUCCACUGGGAUUUUUCGACAUGACACACACAUACCGACUGAACUCUGAUAUCCUGGGACAUUACAUGUACAGUGCUCCACUGGAGCAGGCACCAAAAAAUUUUGCCGAAGGGAAAAAUAAAUUGGUAGCUUGGUAUGUUAGUAAUUGCCAUACGCACAGUAAGCGAGAAAACUACGUCAAGCAACUGCAAAAGUAUGUGAAUGUGGAUGUGUAUGGAAAAUGUGGAUCAUUAAAGUGCUCGCGCAACGAUGAGCAGGCAUGCAAUCAACUGCUGAAGAAGGAAUACAAAUUUUACCUUGCUUUUGAAAACAGCAUAUGCCAGGAUUAUGUAACGGAGAAGUUCACCAACGCCCUAUCCAAUUACGUCGUCCCAGUUGCGCUAGGAGGAGGCAACAUGACAAUUUACCCACCUAAUUCGUACAUCCAUGUUGAUGACUUCCCUUCCGUGAAGGCGCUAGCGGACUAUCUGCAGUACCUGAACAAUAAUGACACAGCCUAUAACGAGUACAUGAAAUGGCGUUUCGAUCCUGUUCUGGUAUCUUCCCAUGGACGUUAUUCUGCCGCCAAUAGUGGUUGGUGUGAGUUAUGCGAGAAACUGCAUGACCCGGCAUUUGAAGCCAAAGAGUAUCCUAACGCUAAACAGUGGUAUAUGGAAGGCGGACACUGUCGAGAAGGAAAGUGGUGAUGAGUGUGUAAAAUAGUCAUGAUAACACAGCGGAGUGCGCGUCAAACUGAAUUGACGAUGAGCUGUUUCCGGUGAAAAGUUCCUUGGUGGAAAAGUUUAUAGCGGUUUUACUUUCGUUAAUGCAAACUGCUUCUUUGUUUUUAAAUUUUACCUGUUUCUUCUGCUGAUUAUCAUCUUCAUGCCAAAAAUGUUUUGCUCAUCUAUGGUGGUUGCAUAUUGCAACAGCAGCAAUGUUCAGUAAUUAAGAAGCGGAAGGUUACUAUAAAAUUAGUCGUAUCAAGAUAACGAUUCCGAGCUUCCUGUUGUGAGUGCACUUAGCUGUCAC